AUGAGGUUUUCCAUUGUUCAGAACGCCAGAGCCCUUCUCACACGCAGGUCGGCUUCCCAAUGGCGCUCGACGGCCCAUCGGAGUCUCUCCAACGCUGCAGCAGUCGCGAACGAACAGCCUUCCGCAGACCUCGAUCGCUUAGAGCGACACAGAAACAUCGGAAUUAGCGCACAUAUAGAUUCCGGGAAGACGACGUUGACAGAACGAAUUUUGUUUUAUACGGGGAGGAUUGGAGCUAUCCACGAGGUCAAAGGGAAGGAUGGCGUUGGAGCAAAGAUGGAUAGCAUGGAACUAGAGCGCGAGAAAGGGAUUACAAUUGCGUCUGCUGCGACUCACACGACAUGGGACGGAAAUACGAUCAAUAUCAUCGACACACCCGGUCAUGUCGACUUCACUAUUGAAGUAGAGCGAGCAUUGAGGGUACUGGAUGGUGCUAUAUUGGUUCUGUGCGGUGUGUCGGGUGUUCAAAGCCAAAGUUUGACUGUUGACCGUCAAAUGAAGCGGUACGGAGUCCCGAGAGUCACAUUCAUUAACAAGCUAGACAGAUCAGGUGCGAAUCCGUGGAAAAUAAUAGACCAAGUCCAAGCAAAGCUUGGGUUGAGAGCAGCAGCAGUCCACAUUCCCAUUGGCCUAGAGGACGAUCUCAGCGGAGUGAUCGAUAUCAUUCAUGAGGAGGCACUUUACUAUGACGGCCCAAACGGUGAAUCUGUACGAAAGGAACCGGUACCGGCUGAGUACCAAGAACUGUUGGCAGAAAAGAGAAAACUCCUCAUCGAGACCCUUGCGGAUGUCGAUGAGAUUAUCGGUGAUAUGUUUCUCAUGGAGUCGCCCAUUUCGACGCAGGACAUUCAUGAUGCUAUUCGGAGAGCCACGCUAGAGAAGAGUUUCUCGCCAGUCUUGAUGGGAAGCGCUCUAAAAAAUACUGGUGUGCAGACCCUCCUUGAUGGAAUAGUCCAGUACCUUCCGAACCCUAGCGAGCGGAGGAAUCUUGCGCUCGUGCAAGUAAUGAAAGAAGGGUCUGAGGACGAAGUUGAGGAGAAGCAAGUAACGCUAGCGUCGGAUUCUUCGGAGUCCCUGGUCUCACUGGCAUUCAAACUCGAAGAAAGUCGCUACGGACAACUUACCUACGUUCGAAUAUAUCAGGGAACGCUGAAGAAAGGCGAUUAUCUUAUCAACACGCGAACCCGAAAAAAGGUUAAGGUACCACGCUUGGUGCGAAUGCAUUCAAAUGACAUGGAGGAGAUAUCCGAAUCCCAAGCUGGUGAUAUUUGUGCAAUGUUUGGUCUUGAGUGUGCGUCUGGAGACACUUUUGUCUCGGCAGAGAAGCCAGUAUCCAUGAGUAUGGAAUCGCUCUUCGUUCCUGAUGCAGUAAUGAGUCUCGCAGUUGAACCGAAGAAAAAAAGCACCUCGUCCGCCAACUUCACGAAAGCAUUGAAUAGAUUUUGCCGUGAAGAUCCGACUUUCCGAGUCCAUAUGGAUCCCGAAUCAAAGCAAACCAUCAUCUCUGGUAUGGGAGAGCUUCAUUUGCAAAUUUACGUGGAGAGAAUGCUUCGUGAGUACAAAGUGGAUCUGGAGGUCGGGGCGCCCCGCGUCAACUAUCGUGAGACCAUCACAAACCGUUCGAACUUUAACUACACGCACAAGAAGCAGUCUGGCGGCGCAGGGCAGUUUGCUGCACUUCAGGGAUAUCUCGAAGCGACAAAGGACGGAGUUAGUGUGGAGUUCAAAAAUGCACUCAUUGGCAACAAUGUCCCGCCUGGCUUUCUCCCCGCGAUUGAGAAAGGUUUUCGGGAAGCACUGGCAGAAGGCGCCCUCACUGGGCAUCCGGUGCAGGGUAUACGCAUGGUAAUUGAAGAUGGAAAGACCCACCCCGUAGACUCUAAUGAGCUUGCCUUUCGGAUGGCAUCUAUUCAGGGAUUUAGACAAGCUUUCAACAAUGCACGACCCAUAGUUUUAGAACCUGUCAUGCGCGUUGACGUUGAGGCUCCGACUGAGUAUCAAGGAACAUUGAUUGGAGGCCUCUCCAGACGCAAAGGGGUCAUCGUGAACUCAACUAGCACUGGCGAGUACGGUGCAAUUGAGUCAGAAGUGCCCCUGGGACAAAUGUUUGGGUACUCAACAGAACUGCGGAGCAUGACACAGGGCAAGGGUGAGUACACGAUGGAAUAUUUACAACACCGGAAGCUUUCGGACCCAUCAGAAUUGAUAGAGGUGUAUAGAGAGAAGAAGGCAGCUGGGCGAAAAUGA